CGUUAGCUUUUAGCCACACAAACAAACGGUGAUUCCUUGUUUAAAAUUCCCGGAGGUGAAACUUUACUAUGGAUCAGAGCGGUCAAGCGAACAUGGAUCCUGACCGAAUGUCAACCAGCAGGUUUCGGUGAGAAAAUUGUGGUAAAAAGUCGCCUCUUAUCGGAGAUCAGCUGAGCUUGCGCCGUCCAUAAAGCUGCCGUCGACUUCCCUGAGACACUGCGCGUCAAGACACCCGUGGACACACGCCUCCGACUAUCAGGUACUGUUAAACUCACUAAAACACUAGCAACACAAUAGAAAGAUAAGGGAUUUCCCAGAAUUAUCCUAGUAAAUGUGUCUAAAAACGUCUGAAUCCGUCCCAAUGCAAUCGCGUUUUUUUUUUAAACUUUUUUUUUCUUUUUUCUAGUCCGUCGCUAUCACUAUCCUCAAACAUGAAUCUUUCAUUCUCGCUCAAAUUAAUGGGGGAAUUGUCGUUUUCUCGGUUCGAAUAGCUCUUUUUGUUGGAGGCUCCCAUUAAAAACAAUGUGAAUAUGUGAGGAGCCAUCAACGGGUUAUGUCAUCGUCUGCGACUUCCGAUAAAGGCAGGGCUUUUCUGUUAGCGACCAAAAGUUGUGAACUUUAUCGUGGAUGUUCUCUACUAAAUCCUUUCAGCAAAAAUAUGGCAAUAUCACAAAUCCUCGUGCUCCUGUCAAAGAGGCAGCUACGGACUCUCUUGCCUCGUCCGACCGGCCGCCCCCGAACGUGGGUUGCUUACACCGAGGAGGAAGGGGAAAAAAGCUCAGCCUGGCCCCAACGGCUGCCUUCGCUUCGCCUCGUCGAGAAACGUGGCUUCCCUCGGAGACACUGGCGGUCACCACACCCCUAAGACUUUCAGGUACCAUAUAAUCUCACUAAAACUAAGUCUGCGGGCUAUAGAGCGUUUUCCGUUCGGGCUCCAGUACUCUGGAAUGCCCUCCCGGUAACAGUUCGAGAUGCUACCUCAGUAGAAGCAUUUAAGUCUCACCUUAAAACUCAUCUGUAUACUCUAGCCUUUAAAUAGACCUCCUUUUUAGACCAGUUGAUCUGCCGCUUCUUUUCUUUCUCCUAUGUCCCCCCCUCCCUUGUGGAGGGGGUCCGGUCCGAUGACCAUGGAUGAAGUACUGGCUGUCCAGAGUCGAGACCCAGGAUGGACCGCUCGUCGGGACCCAGGAUGGACCGCUCGCCUGUAUCGGUUGGGGACAUCUCUACGCUGCUGAUCCGCCUCCGCUUGAGAUGGUCUCCUGUGGACGGGACUCUCGCUGCUGUCUUGGAUCCGCUUUGGACUGAACUCUCGCGGCUGUGUUGGAGCCACUAUGGAUUGAACUUUCGCAGCAUCAUGUUAGAUCCGCUUGACAUCCAUUGCUUUCGGUCCCCUAGAGGGGGGGGGGUUGCCCACAUCUGAGGUCCUCUCCAAGGUUUCUCAUAGUCAGCAUUGUCACUGGCGUCCCACUGGAUGUGAAUUCUCCCUGCCCACUGGGUGUGAGUUUUCCUUGCCCUUUUGUGGGUUCUUCCGAGGAUGUUGUAGUCAUAAUGAUUUGUGCAGUCCUUUGAGACAUUUGUGAUUUGGGGCUAUAUAAAUAAACAUUGAUUGAUUGAUUGAAAACACUAGUAACCCAAUAAGCAGAUAAGGGAUUUUCCAGAAUUAUCCUAGUAAAUGUGUCUAAUAACAUCUGAAUCACUCCCACUGCCCUCACCUUUUUUUUUUCGAGUUCUUCACUCUAACAUUCCUCAUCCACGAAUCUUUCAUCCUCGCUCAAAUUAAUGGGGAAAUCGUCGCUUUCUCGGUCCGAAUCGCUCUCGCUGCUGGUGGCCAUGAUUGUAAACAAUGUUCAGAUGUGAGGAACUCCACGACCCGUGAAGUCACACGCACAUCGUCUGCUACUUCCGGUACAGGCAAGGCUUUUUUUAUUAGCGACCAAAAGUUGCGAACUUUAUCGUGGAUGUUCUCUACUAAAUCCUUUCAGCAAAAAUAUGGCAAUAUCGCAAAACGAUCAAGUAUGACACAUAGAAUGGACCUGCUAUCCCCGUUUAAAUAAGAACAUCUCAUUUCAGUAGGUCUUUAAUAUAUAUAUUAAUUACAGCCAAUAUAAAAAUAUUGGGGCAGCACGGUGACAGAGGGGUUAGUGCGUCUGCCUCACAAUACGAAGGUCCUGCAGUCCUGGGUUCAAAUCCAGGCUCGGGAUCUUUCUGUGUGGAGUUUGCAUGUCCUUCCCGUGAAUGCGUGGGUUCCCUCCGGGUACUCCGGCUUCCUCCCACUUCCAAAGACAUGCACCUGGGGAUAGGUUGAUUGGCAACACUAAAUUGGCCCUAGUGUGUGAAUGUGAGUGUGAAUGUUGUCUGUCUAUCUGUGUUGGCCCUGCGAUGAGGUGGCGACUUGUCCAGGGUGUACCCCGCCUUCCGCCCGAUUAUAGCUGAGAUAGGCGCCAGCGCUCCCCGCGACCCCAAAAGGGAAUAAGCGGUAUAUAUGGACGGAUAAAAAUAUUGGCUGUAAAUAUACACUCUCCUCUUAACCACGCCCCCCGCCCCAACCACGCCUCCCGAAAUCGGAGGCCUCAAGGUUGGCAAGUAUGGUGACAGGCCAAUUGUUAUGUGUAGUUCCACUGUUGACCACCAGAGAGCGCCAGCCGUGCCAGGCUUGGGGGUGGUGUUCUGGUAAAGAAAGGUAAUUGUAUCUUCACAUGGAGCAAGUCUCUCUCUCUCUCUCUCUCUCUCUUUCUCUCUUUUUCUAUCUCUCUGCUUGUCCCGUUGUCAGGCUAAUUGAUGGAAAGUCCAAAGAGGGGAUAAGAAAGUUGGAGAAGGAGAAGCAGCAGCAGCUUUGCACCAGCUGGAUAUGCUCUAAAGAGGAAGACUCACAUUUAAAAAAAAAAAAAAAAGACAUGCAGCACAGGCCCGUUUGUGCGGGCUGCCACAGGCCCAUCACAAACAGGUUCCUGCUCCAGGUCACCACCAACGGCCUCUGGCACGAAGCGUGUGCUCGCUGUGCGGCGUGCGGGGACGCGCUGCGCCACUCGUGCUUCGUGCGGGACCAGCGACUGUACUGCAAGAGACACUACGCAGAGUUGUUUGCGGUGCGUUGCGGCGGCUGUACGGACGCCAUCUCCCCCAGCGAGCUCGUGAUGCGUGCCGGGACCGCCGUCUUCCACGUGCAUUGCUUCGCCUGCAACGUGUGCUCCGCUCCCCUGAGGACGGGAGACCACUGCAUCCUCAAGGGGGGCCGACUGCUGUGCGCCAGGGAGGACUAUCACUGCGGGGCCGGCACCUCGUCGUCGUCCGACACGGGUAAAAGUGAUGACGACCACCUUGAGGACGAAGAGGAAGAGUCGGCGAAGGUUACGGGAAGACGGAUCAGAUCAGAGGAGCGGGAAAGCAAACGUCCUAAAAGACCUCGCACAAUCUUGACCACCCAGCAAAGACGCGUCUUCAAAGCCUCGUUUGAGGUCUCGUCCAAGCCCUGUCGCAAGGUCCGGGAGACCUUGGCAGGAGAGACUGGCCUUAGUGUCCGGGUCGUGCAGGUCUGGUUCCAGAACCAAAGAGCCAAGAUGAAGAAACUGGCCAGGAGACAACAACAACAACAGCAGGAACGGCAGGAAGAGCCACCACCUGACAAAGGUAGAACGCCUCCCGGUGGCACCCUGACCUCUCAGCCGGAGCACCUGGGUUCCUCCUACUCCCAAGUCCAGCAGCAGCAGAUGGGACCCAAAAGGGUGGAGCAGCAGGACUUUGACACGGACCCCUUCCGACAGGGCCUGACCCCUCCUCAGAUGCCAGGGGAUCACAUGCACCCCUACGGUUUCAAUGAGGCGCUCUUUGGCGACGUGGCCGAGGGCGACUACUUGUCUCUGAGCAACACGUCCCUCCUCACGCCCAUGGACCGCCUCUACUCCAUGCAGGACGCUUACUUCGCCUCCUGAGAGACACUGCAACCUACUUUGCUGCGACAAAGGAGGUGACGCGACACUGGUCACACGCGCAAUAGUCUUCAUCCGUGACACCCUCCCAGUGUACUUGAACGCCACACCACGAGAUUACCAGGAUGUUCGGUGUAAAUAGUGUAGCCGUUUGAAUGAGUAUUUAUUCUUCUUGCAGUGUGUGUUCACUUGGAAUGAAUGAUAGCAAUAAAUAAUGGCCGAAAAAUGUA